UCCUGGUAAUUUCCUGUUUGAUGACAGAGGAUUGCAGAACGUCCUUACGUCGGUGGUGUCCGCAGCUCGCAGUGAACGCGUCCGCAAGAAGCAUUGAAUCCUCGUGUCACCACGCACCUUGUUCUCUGCGGUUACAGGAAGUUGAUCUGUGUGUCGAUGAAGAGCCACCAGAGACCAGCCAUUUUACUCCAAAGACAACCUUCUUUAAAGACAGCGAUCUCUCAGAGACCAGACUCCCCUGAACCUGAACCUAAACCUGAACCAGAAUCUGAACCAGAAUCUGAACCAGAAUAUGAACCCAGCUGUGUGUCCCUCCAGUCCAUGUCUAUACCUCUUAUGUUUAAAAAUGGAUUCUCAUGUCCUGAACAGAGGCUCCACCAGAGACCAGAGGCCUCUGACCCAGAAUCUGAUCCUGGACCCAGCUGUGUGUCCCUCAAGUCCAUGUCUGUGCCUCUUAUGUUAAAAGAUGGACAUCCCAGUUCUGAACAGAGACUCGAUGAGGAGAUCCCAGAGGUUCCCGGCGGUCAGUCUGCCCAGCAGCAUCAAACACAUCUGGAAUCCAUAUUCAAGCUGCUGGAGGAGAAAAUUGUCGCUUUUGUGAAGGACGAGCUGAGCGAGAUGCAGAAGGUUCUGAGCCCGGAUUACCCAGGGUGCUUAGGGAGUCACAGGGAUGAUGAGGUGUCGUCAGGUUGUGAGGAUGAGCAGAGGCGAAGCAGCAGAGAGGCAUUUCUGAAGAUCACACUGCACUUCCUGAGGAGUAUGAAGCAAGUGGAGCUGGCUGAGUGUCUGCAGAACAGAUCUCCUGCUAUGUGCCAGCUUAACCUCAAAUCGAACCUAAAGGAGAAGUUCCAGUGUGUGUUUGAGGGGAUCGCUAAAGCAGGAAACCCAACCUUCCUGAAUCAGAUCUACACAGAGCUCUACAUCACAGAGGGAGGGACCGGAGAGGUCAAUGAUGAACAUGAGGUCCGGCAGAUUGAAACAGCAUCAAAGAAAGUGGUAAAAACUGAAAGAAAAAUCAGAUGUGAAGCCAUCUUUAAACCUUCAUUUGAAAGAAAUGAACCCAUCAGAACAGUGAUGACAAAGGGAGUGGCUGGCAUUGGCAAAACAGUCUUAACACAGAAGUUCACUCUGGACUGGGCUGAGGACAAAGCCAACCGGGACAUACAGUUCACAUUCCCAUUCACCUUCAGAGAGCUGAAUGUGCUGAAAGAGAAAAAGUUCAGCUUGGUGGAACUUGUUCAUCACUUUUUCACUGAAACCAAAGAUGCAAGAAUCUGCAGGUUUGAUCAGUUCCAGGUCGUGUUCAUCUUGGACGGUCUGGACGAGUGUCGACUUCCCCUGGACUUCCACAACACUGAGAUCCUGACUGAUGUUACAGAGUCCACCUCAGUGGACGUGCUGCUGACAAACCUCAUCAGGGGGAAACUGUUUCCCUCCGCUCGCCUCUGGAUAACCACACGACCUGCAGCGGCCAAUCAGAUCCCGCCUGAGUGUAUUGACAUGGCAACAGAAGUCAGAGGGUUCACUGACCCACAGAAGGAGGAGUACUUCAGGAAGAAGUUCACAGAUGAGAAGCUAGCGAGCAAAAUCAUCUCCCACAUCAAGACAUCACGAAGCCUCCACAUCAUGUGCCACAUCCCAGUCUUCUGCUGGAUCACUGCUACAGUCCUGGAGGAGGUGUUGAAAACCGGAGAGGGAGGAGAGCUGCCCAAGACCCUGACUGAGAUGUACAUCUACUUCCUGGUGGUUCAGUCCAAAUUGAGCAACGUCAAGUAUCAUGGACAACGUGAGACGGAUCCACACUGGAGUCCAGAGAGCAGGAAGAUGAUUGAGUCUUUGGGAAAACUGGCUUUCGAGCAGCUGCAGAAAGGAAACCUGACCUUCUAUGAAUCAGACCUGACGGAGUGUGGCAUCGAUAUCAGAGCAGCCUCAGUGUACUCGGGAGUGUUCACACAGAUCUUUAAAGAGGAGAGAGGCCUGUACCAGGACAAGGUGUUCUGCUUCGUCCAUCUGAGUGUUCAGGAGUUUCUGGCUGCUCUUCAUGUCCAUCUGACCUUCACCAACUCUGGAGUCAGUCUGCUGUCAGAAGAACAGUCUAAAAGUAGAAAAGUCAAAUGUACACAGAAACAUUUCUACCAGAGUGCUGUGGACGAAGCCUUGAAGAGUCCAAAUGGACACUUGGACUUGUUCCUCCGCUUCCUCCUGGGUCUUUCACUGCAGACUAAUCAGACACUCCUACAAGGCCUGCUGACACAGACAGGAAGUGGCUCAUGGAGCAAACAGGAAACAGUCCAGGACAUCAAGAAGAAGAUCGAGGAGAACCCCUGUCCAGAAAGUAGCAUCAAUCUGUUCCACUGUCUGAAUGAGUUGAAGGAUCUUUCUCUGGUAGAAGAGAUCCAACAGUAUUUGAGGUCCGGAAGUCUCACUACCGACAAACUGUCUCCUGCUCAAUGGUCAGCUCUGGUCUUCAUCUUACUGUCUUCAGAACACGAUCUGGACGUGUUUGACCUGAAGAAAUACUCUGCUUCAGAGGAGGCUCUUCUGAGGCUGAUGCCAGUGAUCAAAGCCUCCAAGAAAGCUUUGCUGAGUGGCUGUAACCUCUCGGAGAAAAGUUGUGAAGCUCUGUCCUCAGUUCUCACCUCCCAAUCCUCUAGUCUGAGAGAGCUGGACCUGAGUAACAAUAACCUGAAAGAUUCAGGAGUGAAGCUGUUGUCUGCUGGUCUGGAGAGUCCACACUGUACACUGGAGGCUCUCAGGCUGUCAGGCUGUCUGAUCACAGAGGAAGGCUGUGCUUCUCUGGCCUCAGCACUGAGCUCCAACCCCUCCCACCUGAGAGAGCUGGACCUUAGCUACAAUCAUCCAGGAGACUCUGGAGUGAAGCAGCUGUCUGAAGAACUGAAGGAUCCGCACCAGAGACUGGACACUCUCAAAGUCGACCCCCAUGGAGUUCAGUGGUUGACACCAGGUUUGAGGAAGUAUUUCUGUGAACUGACGCUGGACCCAAACACAGCACACAAGUUCCUCAAACUGUCUGAAAGCAACAAAAAGUCUGACCUUUCACCUCGGCUUGGCGGCAGCACGGACGGGACCACAUGCUACAAACAUUCCGGAAGUGUGCUGCAUAUGGACUCUGCUCGCUCUCUUCUCUGCAUGCUGACCACUUGGAACUUCAACAUCAAAUCACAAACGCUACCAGAUCACAUCACAGCCGGCUCAAAUGUCAGGCAGAGUACCCGCCCUCCCUCAUCUCAGCCCACAGAGUCUGUCUGUCACUACAUGUGCCUGUGUCUUCUUUUAAUGCAGAUGUCCCGCCACCAGGAGACCAGGACCGGGACCGGCACCGGCCGGCACACCGCUCCAACUCCAGCUCUUCACCCCUUGCGCUCACAUGUCCAUCACACAAGAAGGAUCACGGCGCAGUCGGCAGGCCUCAGCUCUGACCGCCGCCUGGAACACACAUCACCUGGAACCUCCACCUCGUCUUUGGCGCUCCGCCCUUCUACGUCCAACUGACUGGCCCGGACCAGACCGUACCGGAUCGGACCAGACCGGACCGGACCGGACGCCGCGGGACACACACACACAUUUCCAAUGUUAUAUAACAUCUUAUUUAUAUGUGUAAAGUACAUUAUUUUCUUUGCUAAACAAAAUUGUAUUUGUAAAAUUGUAAGCCACUAUUGUAGAUUAGUUACACCUGUUUGGGAUUCUUCAGUAGUGGGAACUCCACAGAUACACUUGUGUCUUAACAUAUUUCAAAUGUCAUGCAGUAAGAAGCUGCUUUAAAUUUGCAAACAAAUACAUCAAAAAAGUCUUAGAAAACUACUUGUUGUCAUAUAGCAGGCUUUUACCAUCCUGUGAGACACUAGUCAAAUGCUGCUCAUUACAUGUCGUGUAGCGUAGUGGUCUAAGCAGGCGCCCGUUUUUACAUGCUACAGUCCUCGCUGCAGUCGGCACGGGUUCGAGUCCCGCAUCGGAUGGCCUUUCGCUGCAUGUUAUUCCCCGUUUCCUGUCACUCGCCAUUGUACUGUCCAUUAAAGGCAUAAAAAGCCCUAAAAAUAUACUUUAAGAAUGAAAGUGUGCCCUGACAUGUUAAACACAAGAUGUAAUCAAUGUGGUGAUAUGUAUAUAAGCAAUAAAAACAAAAUUAACUCUA